CUGCCUGUCAGGACAUCCCACCUUGCCAUGCAACGUGCUCAAGUUCAAAUCCACCACCAUCAUGCUGGACUGUGGGCUGGAUAUGACAUCCACCCUCAACUUCCUCCCCCUGCCUCUGGUCCAGAGCCCCAGGCUGUCCAAACUUCCUGGCUGGGUUUUAAAAGAUGGAAGCAUGUUUCUGGACAAGGAGCUGAAGGAGUGCUCUGGCCAUGUGUUUGUAGACUCUGUGCCUGAGUUCUGCUUGCCAGAGACUGAACUGCUUGACCUCUCCACAGUGGAUGUGAUCUUGAUCUCCAACUAUCACUGCAUGAUGGCCCUGCCCUACAUCACAGAGUACACAGGAUUCACUGGAACAGUUUAUGCCACCGAGCCCACUGUUCAAAUUGGCAGGCUCCUGAUGGAAGAGCUGGUGAAUUCCAUUGAACGCGUGCCAAAGGCUCAGUCUGCCUCCAUGUGGAAGAACAAGGAGGUGCAGAGGUUGCUGCCAGCCCCGCUGAAGGAUGCAGUGGAGGUGUCCAUGUGGAGGAAGUGCUACACCAUGCCUGAGGUGAACGCAGCCCUCAGCAAGAUCCAGCUGGUGGGCUACUCCCAGAAAAUCGAGCUGUUUGGUGCUGUGCAGGUCACCCCUCUGAGCUCGGGCUACGCUCUUGGGAGCUCCAAUUGGAUUAUCCAGUCACACUAUGAAAAGGUUUCUUAUGUUUCAGGAUCUUCCCUGCUUACAACACACCCUCAGCCCAUGGACCAGGCUUCCCUUAAGAACAGCGACGUUCUCAUCCUGACAGGGCUGACCCAGAUCCCCACUGCCAACCCCGAUGGAAUGGUGGGAGAGUUCUGCAGCAACCUGGGUAGGUCACUGACAGAAAUCUCCUGCCUGUUUUAUCAUCUUAUUCAUGGCUUUGGGUGGGAAAUAAUUCUGAGAUUCCUGGAAUUGAAUAAGUUCCUGCUGGAGUGCCUCUAUCAGUACAUUGACUCUGCAGGACUCUCCAAUGUCCCCUUUUAUUUCAUCUCACCUGUUGCCAACAGCUCCCUGGAGUUCUCCCAGAUCUUUGCUGAGUGGUUGUGUCAUAACAAACAAACAAAGGUGUAUCUUCCAGAACCUCCUUUUCCCCACGCUGAGCUCAUUCAGACAAACAAAUUGAAACAUUAUCCCAGCAUCCAUGGAGACUUCAGCAAUGACUUCAAGCAGCCCUGUGUGGUGUUCACUGGGCAUCCCUCUCUCAGAUUUGGGGACGUGGUGCAUUUCAUGGAGCUGUGGGGAAAAUCCAGCUUGAACACUGUUAUAUUCACAGAACCUGAUUUCUCUUACCUGGAUGCUCUGGCUCCCUAUCAGCCCUUGGCAAUGAAAUGUGUUUACUGCCCCAUUGACACCAGACUCAACUUUAUUCAGGUGUCUAAACUACUCAAAGAAGUCCAGGUAAUGAAUUUUCUGCUGCCUUUUCUUAGGUUUCUUCACACAGCUGAAAUUAAAUAAAUGAAUUGUGAGCACAUGUUGCAUUAAACAAAAAUGGAGACAACACCCAGAUCCUUUUCUCCAUGAAGAAACCACAGCAUUGAGCUCUGCUUUAGGAGAGGUCUAAGAAAAAGAAAGUUCUUGUAGUAUCUGCUGUUCCCCCUCCACUCUUUGUGCUUUAGUGGCCCAUCCCAUUUGUUUCUACUAAAAUUUGCUUUCUGACUCAUGACAUAAUUAAAAUAAUAACCAGAUUUUUUUCCUGGCUGAGCAUUUCCCUGUGUUCUGUCUUGCUGAACUCUGAAAUGCACAUUCUCCCAAACCCCCUAACAAUGCCUGCAUCUCUUUAUCUCAUUGUUCUGCAACCUGGCUUGUCCCUGCAAACUCACAGAGCUGCCCCUGCCUGCCUUUGCAUAAACAUCUCCUUCAUGUUGUGCUGUCUCCAGGGCAGCUUUAGAGCCACUGGCUUCUCCUUUGGCUUCCUUCAGCCCUGCAGGGACAACCAGCCUGUUUAUGCUUUCUUAACAUAUUGCUGCAAAACUCCAGGAAUUGUUUCUGCAGCCUCAAUUACAGCCAAUGCUUCUGCAGCCCCACAUGUUGACAUUGG